AUGGCCUUGGGUGCAAUACAUCGGGCAAACACAAUCAAGCAGCUACAGCUCGAUCUCUUCCAUUCCAAUCUCUCGGACAAGGCUGUUCCACCCGCUUAUCUCUACUCUAUGGCAUCGCGAUACUUUCACCUCCAUCUUGAACAACUGCGACCGAGCAUUUGGUUCAUCCAGAUCAUUCUGCUGAUAUGUAUAUACACCUUCUACGGGCCGAUUGGCUCCAGUCAGUGGCAACUUGCCGGCCUGGCUAUGCGAACGGCUAUUGAGAUAGGGCUGCACUAUGCUCCCAGGGACGGACAAGCCGUUGACAGGGACAUGGCCGAGCGAAGUCGCGUCUUUUGGACAGCCUACUCUAUUGAGAUCAGCCUGGCAUACAACUUGGGUCGACCACCGUCCAUUGGCGAAGAGCAUAUCACCGCCCGGUUGCCUGUCGUGAACUCGAAGGACAUGUCCUUUGGGCUUCAUCACAUCAAGCACCGGCGCAUACAAAGCAGGAUCGUGUCGCAGGUCUACAACGCCAGGAGCCGAGAUCGCGAGGUCUCACUUCAGGAACGCCAAAGUUUCAUCGCCAAUCUCCAAGCUGAGCUGGACGAGUGGAGAAGGGAGUUGCAUGAUAUUUGCCCACGAGAUGCCCAUGCCCCAUACCCACACAGUUAUUGGGACCGACUAUACCACGGCACUACAUUCGUACUCCAUCGAGCCAGUCCCCUCUGCCCUCGCCCGUCCGAUGAAUCGCUCGAGUGCUGCAUCCAAUCCGCCGGCGCAUACAUCGAGGACAUGACGGAAGUCCUCAGGACGAGCAACGUGCCGCUCUCCUGGAUGCUCGUGCAGGGCGUCCUAUUCGCUGGCCUGACCAUGCUCGUCACGGCCAGAACCUGCUGUCACCGGCUCGCCGCCCGCACCGGCGUACGAUUCUUCCUGGUGGACUUGCCGGCUUGGUCGCGCAAGUGUUUGGUCUGCCUCGCCAUCAUGAACGAGCGAUGGAACGAGGACCUGCUCUCCAAGCUGGACAGGCAGUUUGAGCUGCUCGCCGAUGAUACUCUCGAGGUCAUUUCCACGCAACUUACGUCUCCGGGUGCGAGUAGCAGAGUGGGCUGUCGCGACCAAACGCCGACGACGAGCAGUCGUUUGAACCAAGGUCUGGCAUCGGCUGUGCCGCCAUCCGCUGGCGUAGCUGCUGAUCCGGGAGGCAACGUAAUGAUUGACCACUUCGGUAUGGAUGCGUCGACUUUUCACGAUGCCGAUAUGGGAGAGAGCUGGGAAAGUUUUGACUUUUUCCGCGAGGUUUUGGGCAACGACAGUACGCAGACGUUUUUGGAUAUAUUAGGCCCCCAGACAGACUAUAGUGUGCAUGGCCAGCGAAUGCUCCUGGCCUAA